AUGAGGCUCGCUGGUCUAAUAUAUACGCGGGUAUCCACGGGCCUUCUCCUGCGCACCCCCACCUCCCCCAACCCCGCCAUCCUCACGUGCCUGAGAGCUCUCUCUUUGCUCUCUUCCUCUGCUGCUGCUGCCGCUUCCCCGCAUCAGCAUCAUCAUCAGCAUCAUCAUCAUCAUCGUCUUCACCGAUUAUUCUCAUCGACCCCGCCCAACCGCAAGGUCAAACUAAACGCAGCACUAGCAUACAAGUUGUUCCACUACCGCCGAAAGAAGGCCAUCUAUAAGAUGUUGGCAAUAAAGAUCGACCCCCAGACAGACGUCGUGCUGCAGGGAAAGUACCCAGCAAAGGCGCAUGCAAAGCGGGUUGCGGAGUUCAUGGGCCUCAAAGAGGGCCUGCUGUAUCUGGAGAGUGCGAAGGAGAUGCUGCUGGAGGAUUGUGAUAGUGAGGCUCCCUUCCGCCAGCGUAGAUACUUUUACUAUCUCUCCGGAUGCGACCUCCCGGAUUCAUACUUGACCUACAAUGUCUCCAGCCAGACCCUAACCCUCUACAUCCCUCCCAUCUCCCCGUCAUCCGUCCUCUGGUCCGGCCUCCCCGUCUCGAUCUCUGAAGCAAAGUCCCUCUACGACGUCGAUGAGGUCCGGCACACCACCCCGGACCUGCACAAGGACCUUCUGGCCAGCUCCCACCCCAUCUUCGGCAUCGAGUGCCAGCUCUCCCCCAAGCUCCCAGAGCAGAUCAGGACCAGCAUCGACACCAACGGUAGCCUCAAAACCGCAAUCGAGGAAUGCCGCGCAAUCAAGGAUGCCUACGAGGUGGCGCUGAUCCGCCGCGCAAACGAGAUCACGGCGACUGCACACCAUCGCGCGAUGAACCUGGUAAAGAGCUCUGUGAAUGAGCGCGAGCUCGAGGCUGUCUUUACGGAGCGCUGUAUUGCGGGCGGCGCGCCGAAACAGGCGUACCAUGGUAUCUUUGCGUCGGGGCGCUCAGCGGCUACGCUACACUAUGUGAAGAAUAAUGUUACGCUAGCGGGGAAGCUAAACCUGCUUCUGGAUGCGGGCGCGGAGUAUAACAACUAUGCCUCUGACGUGACGCGGACGUUCCCCAUCAAUGGGGAGUUCACGAAGGAGUCGCAACAGAUCUACGAUCUUGUGCUGAAGAUGCAGAAGGAGACGAUCGAGGCGACGAAGGCGGGAACGAGGUGGGAUGAUGUCCAUAUCCUUGCACACAGGAUUGCGAUCGAGGGCUUGCUGGCGCUGGGGAUCCUGAAGGAUGGGAGUGUCGACGAGAUUCUGGAGAGUAGGACGAGUUGUGCGUUUUUGCCGCAUGGGUUGGGGCAUAUGUUGGGGAUGGAUACGCAUGAUACGGGCGGGCAUCCGAACUAUGAUGAUGAGGAUAAGAUGUUUUGUUAUCUGAGGAAGAGAGGCCCGUUGAGGGUUGGGGAGGUCAUUACGGUUGAGCCGGGGAUCUACUUCUGUGAAUUCAUUAUCAACCCCUUCCUUGAAGAUCCCAAGCACUCUAAGUACAUCGAUAAGGAUGUCCUAGACAAGUACUGGGACGUCGGUGGUGUUCGUAUCGAAGACAACAUCCUCAUCACGGAAACUGGCAAUGAGAACUUGACCACCACGGUCAAGGAGGUGGAAGACAUGUACAAACUGAUUAACGACCUCUAG